AACGCUUGGUUGUUGUUUCUCCGGCGGAGGAGGAAGAAGUUGUUCACCCCGCGUUGCCGGAGGUUUGGGAUCACCGAGAGCGGAUAACAGACUCGAGUCGGAGGAAGCUCCACUUUCUUCAGUGACCAGACGACGUCGGUGAAACCUGAAUGCAAAGAGAGUAGUGGGUUGAGAGCCGGGAAGGAUAUAACCGAGCCCAUCACCUUGUAGCACGGCGCGGUGUGUGAGCGCCAACGGUGAAGCUCCUCGAGCCAGCGUGCAACGCCGCUGCACUGGAUCGUGUUGGGAGCAGACCACGGAAUGACAUAAACACACCCAGAGAUGGUUCACUUCCCGCGGGGACUUUCAGAGACACCAUCGCUGCUGUGAACUUUUCUGUGUUACAAAGGGGAAUUGCAAAAAGUGGGUCUUCUUCUCGCUACCAUCACACGGAUUAAUUAUGCCUGACCAAAUCACAGUUACAGAGUUUGUGGCAGAGACGAAUGAAGAUUAUAAAUCUCCCACUGCCUCUAACUUCACCACCAGGAUGUCCCACUGCAGGAACACAGUGGCUGCUCUGGAGGAGGCUCUGGAUGUGGACCGAAGUGUUCUGUACAAGAUGAAGAAGUCUGUGAAGGCCAUCUACACGUCUGGUCUCGCCCAUGUCGAGAAUGAGGAGCAGUACACUCAGGCCUUGGAGAAGUUUGGAGAAAACUGUGUGUACAGAGAUGAUCCUGAUCUGGGUUCUGCCUUCCUGAAGUUCUCGGUCUUCACCAAGGAGCUUACUGCGCUCUUCAAAAACCUGUUCCAAAACAUGAACAACAUCAUCACCUUUCCUCUGGACAGCCUGCUGAAAGGAGACCUGAAGGGAGUCAAAGGGGAUCUGAAAAAGCCUUUUGACAAAGCCUGGAAGGACUACGAAACAAAAGUCACCAAGAUAGAGAAGGAGAAGAAGGAGCACGCGAGGCAGCACGGGAUGAUCAGGACUGAAAUCAGUGGAGCAGAAAUCGCUGAGGAGAUGGAGAAGGAGAGGAGAUUCUUCCAGCUACAGAUGUGUGAGUAUCUCCUCAAAGUCAAUGAGAUCAAAAUCAAGAAAGGGGUGGACUUGCUGCAGAACCUCAUCAAGUACUUCCACGCGCAGUGCAAUUUCUUUCAGGAUGGUCUGAAAGCUGUGGACAACCUGAAACCCUCUAUAGAAAAACUGGCCACAGAUCUGCACACGAUAAAGCAGGUGCAGGAUGAGGAGAGGAAGCAGCUGACUCAGUUACGAGACGUCCUCAAGACGGCGCUGCAGGUGGAGCAGAAAGAGGAAUCGCAGGUGCGGCAGAGCACCACCUACAGCCUGCACCAACCGCGGGGUAACAAGGAGCACGGCACUGAGCGCAGCGGGUACCUUUUCAAGAAAAGUGACGGCUUGAGGAAAGUGUGGCAGAAGAGAAAGUGCACAGCGAAGAACGGGUACCUCACCAUCUCACACGGCACAGCUAACCGGCCGCCAGCUAAACUCAACCUGCUCACCUGUCAGGUGAAACACAACCCCGAAGAGAAGAGAAGCUUCGACCUCAUAUCCCACGACAGAACGUAUCACUUUCAGGCCGAGGACGACCAGGACUGUCAGAUCUGGAUCUCGGUGCUCCAGAACAGUAAGGAGGAGGCGUUGAAUCAGGCCUUCAAAGGGGACCAGCAUGUCGGAGAGAACAACAUUGUGCAGGAGUUGACCAAAGCAAUCCUGGGAGAGGUCAAGAGAAUGACGGGAAAUGACGUGUGCUGCGACUGCGGAGCGCCUAACCCGACGUGGCUGUCCACCAACCUGGGCAUCCUCACCUGUAUUGAAUGUUCAGGGAUCCACAGGGAGCUUGGAGUCCACUACUCCAGGAUCCAGUCCCUCACUCUGGACGUACUCAGCACCUCCGAGCUCUUGCUGGCCAAGAAUGUGGGGAAUGCAGGCUUUAAUGAAAUCAUGGAGUCUUCUAUAAGUGCUGAAAAUGUGGUGAAACCCAACCCAGGCAGUGACAUGCAGGCGAGGAAAGACUUCAUCACAGCCAAAUACACAGAGAAGCGUUUCGCGAGGAAGAAGUGCCCCGAUGCGACGUCGCGGCUCCACACGUUGUGCGACGCAGUGAAGGCCCGGGACAUCUUCUCCCUCAUCCAGGUCUACGCCGAGGGAGUCGACCUCAUGGAGCCCAUACCUCUGGCCAACGGACACGAACAAGGGGAGACGGCCCUUCAUCUCGCGGUCAGACUGGUGGAUAGAACGUCUCUUCACAUCGUCGACUUCCUCACUCAAAACAGUUUGAAUUUGGACAAGCAGACAGCCAAAGGCAGCUCGGCGCUGCACUACUGCUGCCUGACCGACAACAGCGAGUGUCUGAAACUGCUGCUGCGGGGGAAAGCCUCAAUAGAGAUCGCUAAUGAGGCCGGGGAGACGCCGCUGGAUAUCGCCCGGAGGCUCAAACACCUUCAGUGUGAAGAGCUGUUGAACCAAGCUCUGGCAGGGAAAUUCAACGCCCACGUCCAUGUUGAAUAUGAAUGGUGCCUGCAGCAUGAAGACUUGGAUGAAAGUGAUGAAGAUCUGGAUGAGAAGCCCAGCCCUCAUCGCAGAGACGAGCGUCCGGUCAGCUGUUACACACCGAGCAGCAACUCUCACCUCCAGACCAGUCUGGGCACGGCGGGCCGCGAUGCCAUCGGCCUCGCCAAGGACAAGCAGCGCACCUACAUGCCCAGCCUGGUCAACAACGAGACCUAUGGCACCAUCCUCAACGCCAACUCUCCUCAGUCAGCAACCACCUCUGCUCCGCCCCUGCCCCCGAGAAACCUGGUCCAGUUACCCGGCCUCGGGGGGAUUGGUCAGUCUUCAGCCCCAAGCAGCUGGAAGCCCGGUUCUUUAGACCUGGUUGGCCGACAGAGGUCGUCCUCAGACCCCCCCAACAUGCACCCUCCUGUCCCCCCCUUGAGACUCACUUCAACUGGAGGUCUGGGUCCUCCUGUGGCCAAGAUGGAGUCCAUGAGCAUGCAGUCCAAGUCGAGCCAGGGACCACUGGGGUCCAGAGCAGUGCCACCUAAAUCUCCUGCGGGUAAUGAAAAAAGUUUCAACCGAGCUCUAAAUCGGACCGUAUCUAUUGAAAGACCCGCUAAGGAAGUGCCAGGAUGCCCCCAGAACUCCAUAGGUCAGUCUCUGCCUCCAGGCCCCACGCAGAGGAAGAUCUACCCGAAGCAGAGGCCGAAGCGAGUGAAAGCCAUCUACAACUGUGCUGCCGACAACCCAGACGAGCUGACCUUCUCCGAGGGCGAGGUCAUCGUGGUGGAUGGAGAGGAGGACCAGGAGUGGUGGCUGGGCCACAUCGAAGGCGAUCCGAUAAGAAGAGGAGCCUUCCCUGUUACGUUUGUACACUUCAUUGCUGACUGAAAGGUGUCGCAGGAUGUGGCGUCUCUCCUUCACCCGUCUCCGUGCAGCCAGCCAGCAAACAUCCACCAUCGUCCCAGUGUUUGUCGUCGUCGUCAUCAUCUUCAUCUUCAUCAUCUUCAUCGGCGAACUUCUUAAAGAGUCACUGCCACGCCGUCAGCAACAUCUGGAUAUCACUCCUUGUUGCUCGGCCCCGUGGGACUGCAUGUGGUUUUAAUGCUUGCUGUUAAUGACUUUCAGAUUUAAAAACAAUGAUUGUAGUCUAUGACCUCUCGCAAUAAAUGCACUUUGCUUGUCUUUAUCCUUGUUACAGCAUAAGAUGACGUGACACAAUGAAGGUUAAUUUGUACAGUAUUUACAUCAGCUAUGUUCUGUUCAGCUGCAUUGUACAGAUAGUACUGCGAAGACUACAGCAAUGUGUUUUAACUUUUAGAACAAAUGUAAAUGUGAACAUACGCAACAAGCUUACAUUCCACCUUCUGUGCAUGAGCGAUUUUAAAUGCCCACCUGCUUAUAGGUGGGACCUUUCUGUAGGCGGCCUCCUGCGGCAAGGUUUUUCUAAUGGUGCUAAGUUAACCCCGGAAUAUGCUAGAAGUUGCACUCGAGGGAGGGCUUCACUGUCCCCGUUUCAAAGACAGGCUGGCCUUGAAAGGGGGCACAAAUAAUGUAGAAAUAGUAUCAGACACUUCACACCUGGGAGAAGUCACUUUCUCAUGGGAGUGUAGAGUGAUGGAGCAGCUUUUCCACGCACAUACUUCCUGUACUGCUUCAUUGGAGAGGAUCAUUUUCUACAGCAACACUCCAGUUCUUCUCCCCGUUGUGUUUUAGGUGCAAUGCUGACACUGACUUGAGCUGCAACAGCCAGUAAUUACCUUUUAUGAUUAGUCUGAGACCUCGGGCUGUCGUUGCCUGUCAUCUGCAUUAUUAGAGGAACAGGAAGUGUCUGUGUGCGGGUGUCUCGUCUGCACAGAAAAAGCUGAGAAUGAAAUUAUAUUGUAAGAAGAGGAAAUAAAAAAACCUGAGUGUGGUAAUGUUAUGAGAA